AUGCCUACCUUGCCCUCUGGCUCCGUAGAGAAGAGCAAGUCGCCGUUGCCGGUCGACUCUGUACAACUGACCAAGGAUUCAGCAAGGCCCUCGGGAUCGCGGAGGGACAGUGCCGCGUCAUGGCUGCACCCGCUGUCGUCCACCGAGGUCCCCGACUCGGACCAACCACACAACCCGCUCUUUUCCCGACAUGGAGUUCAGCUGACCAACGGCGACGACAUUGUUGUCGGUGGUGGCGGCGCCGGAUCCUCGAGCCUGCUCUCCGCAACGGAGAUCUCACCCAUGCGAGCACGUGAAGUCAGUGGCUGUAAGCCGCGACUCAACAGCUCCAGCAUCACCUCCAGCUGCCGCGGCUACGCGCGGUUGGCGGGACUGCUAACCCGCCGAGGAGGUGACGGGAAAUCACGCAAAAGCGUCGCCGUCAGCAGCACCUCCCAUUCGGCGGCGACAUGCUCGGGAAGUGCACCGCAGGGCACCGUAAUCGCUGCUCCCAGCGGCUCAGCCGAGCGCAAUCCUCUUCAGCGCUCCUACAACAACAGUGGCGAGGUGGACCUUAGCGAGGACGUGCGCCUGGACAACGGUAGGUGCGACUGGCCCUCCACGCCGUCGCCGAAGACCGCCUCCGUGUCGCACAGGCGCGGGAGUAGAAGUCCCCGCGGUGCCGUCGGUGUCCUACAAUCGACGAGUGUUGUGAACAGCACCAUUCAGAGUCGCAGUCGGCGUGAGCUUUGUGCCUCCCCGCUGACCUCGCAGUCGUCCCGCGCCUCGCCGCACGCGACGCUGCGGCUUGACGGCGGCAGUGUAACGAACGGUGCGGGUCUCGACUCGAGCGGAGCGCAGUUCGUGCCUCUCGGGUCCUCAGAUAUGGCGAAUCGCAACGGCAGUCCGAACCGGCUGCAGCGAUCCUACUGCAGCGUCGUUGACGACAAGGCGACUACGUUGUUCACUCUGCGGAAUCGGUCUUACCGGCAAAAACUAAUCAGCGGCAGCUCUCUCUCCACGUCGGCAAGUCAGAGCCUUCUCCAGAUUGGAAGCACACGCGCUCCCCAGGGGCAGACGCCACGAAACGCGGGUGACCUUGAUGCUUCCUUGCAUGUUUCAAAGAACAUGCGAAGCCUGCGAGACGCCAAGGUAGCCCUGCUGCGACGCACGCAGCACGGGAACGUCUGUUCUCUGCGCAGCUCUCGCACCCAUAGCCUUCAACGCAGUCAUAGCAACGCCAGCAUAUGCGACGGUGACCCGUUGUCGCAGCGCGCCAGUAAGAUGCGUCCCGGCAGCCGAGAAAAGCGAUGCACAAACAGCGCCGCGGGUUUCCUCGCCAGUGGCGACCGUGUGGAGUCGGCGCAUUCCAUCGCAGCGGACGACGACGUGGUGCGCAUCAGUGUGCCGCCAGCCGGUUUGAGCUCGCCGCUGACACACUGGGGCAUGGACUUUCCCUUGGCUGUGGCGGUGCCCGACAUGGGUAGCGGCAAGUCAGAGCACAAUAUCAGUGUCAGCGGGGCGCAGCGUCGACUUAGCCGCCCCGAGGACAAACCCCUGCUCGAGGUGAUGGAGACGUCGAGUUGCGCUUCACAGGGCUGGUGCGAAGUUGGUAACGGCGCACCCUGGUGUCCCUCCCUGGUGGAACAUGCAACACGUAGUCGCAUCGCGGUCGCUGCCAGCUCGUUGAGCAAGUCUAUGGACCGCCAAACGGCCGCUUCGAUUCGCGGCGAGAGCCCCUUCCAGAGGUCCUCCACCACCCGCCGCGGCACCUUCUUCCCGCCUCGCAUGCCGAGCGGCUUCUACUCACUCAGUCCAACCGGCGGCUACAGCAGCAGCACCGACAGCGAGGAGGAAAACCGGCUACGAGAGCAGCACCGCAAUCGCGUUGACGAGGUGCUGCGCCAGCUGAACGCGCCAAUGAGAUCGACGACCGUUGAUGAUAGAUUGGCGGCGGCAAGUAUGCGCAACAACUCCUCCUACCCCUCUGUGAGAGGCGCGUCCGUCGGUGCCGACGCAUCACAGAUAGAUAAUAACAACUCAAGCGCGUUUGCCGGCAUUGGCGGCCUCGACGGGGGCGUUGGGUUCGUGGCAUUUUGUGCCUCUGGAACCGGCGGUGGAAACGCAAACACGAGCACCACCGUGAACGCCAACGGCGGUGGCGGUGGGGACGGUGGUGGAUGGCUCGGUGUGGGCGGUGCGGCCACCACGGAGGACUGGUACGCGCGCAUGCGCAAAAAGUUGGAGGAGGAGAAGGCUGAGGCGGCGGCCGCCGCUGUAGUCGCCAGUGAUGCGAGCUUCACCUCUGCAGCUCCUUCAAGUUUAUCGGCGCCCACGCACAUUCCCGCGGCGACCAGUAGGAUCCAUAGCAAGGAAUCAACGCAGCCAGAGAUGCAGAUGCCCGCCAUCGAUCGCACCACGACGUGCAAAGGGCUUCUGCCCCUCCUUCGCUCCACCCGCAGCUCCCGCGCCCCCUCCGCGACCCCUCUGCACAACAGCUUGUCGUCCGGAGAGCCGCAGGCGUCGCCGCCAACGUUGAACCAAACAUUCGUGCCAAAAACUAGCCCUACCGUGGCCUCGGCUGGUGAGCGCUUUGUGCGGCGCCUGCAACCAGGUAUCCUCACGCGGAUGCCGCUGAGCCACACAUGCGCUGCGCUAGGCAGCGCCGAUGGCGGGGCAGCUACCACACGCCCUCACCCGCCGGAGGCAAAACUCACGGAAGAGAAUUCCGUGGCAGCGAGUUCGCCUUCAACACUUCCGUCGCUCCCAGCGACCGCAUUGACAGUGCCUGUCAAUGCGGUCCAAAGUGCAGACAGCUCCAGAGCAGCGCUGUUGCCCGAGCUGGAGGUCAUUGAACCGCGCCACCGCCCCAGCCCCCUCGAUGCAGAUGAUGGCAGUGUCAGCAGCAUGGGCAGCACAUCGACUGUGGCACCGCUGAAGUCGUCUUCAUCGAGGCAUUCGUCUGAAAACCUCCUCUGGAUGUCGAGCAGGAGCGUAAGCAUGGUCGACACAAGCCACUCCCAGCCUGACCUGCGGCGUCAUUGCUCACUUCCACAGAUAGUGCCAAGACAGGGCAUGACUACGCUGAAACCGUCGCCGCCCAGGCAACACUCAAACAGCACCAUCGCCACCUCAGUGCAGUCAAGGGUGCACAAUGGCGUGCGACUCACGCUUGUGCCCUCCGGUGCUGGCGCACAGCCUUUGGAGGGCACCUCCGCGACGCCCACGAGAGAAGUGCCGGCCUCGCGAGUUGGUGCUACGACGCGCGAGUCUGCAUGCACCGGGGCUGACGUGAACGGUGGGCUGUGCUGCAACCCUUCAGCGCGGGCCCCUCGGCAGGGUGCUAGCGCGAGAAAACAGCCAUCGGCAGGCGCGCGCUCAACCGAGAAAUCAACGAGCUCGGCGGGUGCGCUGGCCGCCAUUCUCGCGUCGGCGCGUCUCUCCGACUCGUGA